GAAUUUGGAUCUUUCUGCUUCUGUACUGAAUUGGUAUUAUCGAUGUCUGCCUCCACUCCUCGGUUAGGUGAUGGAGGACGAGGAGAAGGCAGCAGAGAGCUUGGUGAGCAACAUGGAAGCUGCUCAUUCUCCAUCCCCUAUCCACUGCCGCUGGCUCCGCCUCCAAUAUUUGGCGGCUACUAGCAUUAUCUGUGGCUGUUCUUGUCUGGGGAUCAUGGCUCUUGUGUUUGCCAUCAAGGCAGAAGAGCGGCAUAAGGCAGGCCAGUCGGAGGAGGCCAUGUACUUGGGGGCCCGGGCCCGGAGACUCAUUCUGGCCAGUUUUGCUGUCUGGCUUGCUGUCCUUUUUCUGGGUCCCCUGCUGCUGUGGCUGCUCUCCUACACCAUUGCUCAGGCUGAAUAACCCUGGGUGGCCUUUGCUGAGAGUCAGUCAAGACCUGGAUCCAAUCCAACAGUUCGGCAGUGCUCAGUUCUGGUGGCAGGAGUGUUUCGUGGUUCUUCCUGUCUGGGAGAGUGUUGCCUUUGGAAUGCAGCCAUUGGAAGAGUUCAACUAGGCUAUUCAAAGCACCUGAGACUUCAAGGGGAGGUCAGCCUGCUAUGUUCUUUCAUUAUUCUUUGCUUUCUCUCCCUUGCCCUUCCAUCCUAGGAGCCUCCAUUCAGAGAAAGGGAUGAAAACCAGGCUUGAUUUUAUUAGAAUUUGUUUUGUAAUAAAAGUCUUUUUUGGUGGUGAAAUAUUGUCUAAUUGUUCUUUUUACUGAUUUUUCCCUUGGGCCUUUGGUGAAGGCAAGAGCAAGAGAAGACAUCUAAAUGAUGACUUAAGCCUGCAUCUGGCCUUUUAAUUCUAUCUCAUUGCUACAAGAGAAGGAAAGGUUCGGGGUUUGUUUUGAUUUUUUGUUAUUGUUGUUGUUGUUGUUGGGUUUUUUUGUUGUUGUUUUUUUACAUUUUUUGGAAAAUUUCCUUGGAAAAAAUCGAGCUUCUUAUCAGAACCUAAAGACAUGAAUCUAAAGACAGACUAAAACAAUAGUAGUAGUAGCUAGCACACCUCUCACUGAGUAAUUACUGCUAGGCUGUGCUCCAGGCAUUGUUUCUUUCUUCUGAGACCUCACAAUAGUUGGUGCCAUUUUCCUUUAUAGUUGAGGAAAUAGGUAUAUAUGUGUCCUAGGCCCUAAUGCUAGAAAAUAGAAAAGAUAUGAUUGAAUUCAGACAGUUUGGUUCCAGAGGGAUGAAAAGAUUGUGUGAUAGGAACUACCACCCUACAUAUUGACAGUUUUAAAUAUAUUUUAUAUUUUUCAUCUUGAAACUCCUGAUAUUUUAAAUUUUUAGGUAUGGAAUAUGAGGCUGGCUUUGUUUUAUUGAGUCAGGCUGUCCCUCAGACUUGCUCUGCAAGUACUGAGAUUACUGGUGUAUACCACCAUGCUUUUUUUGUUUUUGUUUUAAGUUGUUGCUGUUUUGUUUUCUGAAAUGACAAGGCCUCACCAUAUAGCCCAUACUAGCCUCAAUCCUGAUUCUCCUGCUUCUGUUCCUGAGUGCUAGAAUUACAGAUGUGCACUACCACACUCUGCACACACAGGUUUUUAAGUUUUUAAAUAUACUCCAUAGGCAGGUUCCCAAACAAAUAAUAAAGUUUAAAUUAACACCUAGCCAAUACCUGAAAGCUACUACUCAAAUUGACUGCUGUCAGCACUGCUUCCUUAAUACACUCUAUACAUUCCUCAUUGCGGUAACCACGACUUACUUCUCACAGUGUAACUUAAUUUUGCUUGUAUCUGCUUUAUAGAAAUGUAGUCAACCAACUAAGGAAUAAAUAAACGUUAAGAAUGGGAUACAUGAGGGCUGGAGAGACAUGCAACAGUUAAAAGCACUAGCUCUUGCAGAAGGAAGACCUGAGUUUCCCCUUACCUACAUGACGGUUCACACCUCCAUAAUGGCAGUUCCAGGGGUUUCCAGUGCCUUCUGAUCUCUACAGGUAUCAAGCAUGCAUGUACUGCACAUACAGGCAGGCAAAACAUUCAUACAUAAAUGAUUCAUUUAUUUAUUUUAUGUAUAUGAGCACUCUGCUGCAUGUAUACCUGCAUGCCAGAAGAGAGCAUCAGAUCCCUUUAUAUAUAGAUGAUCAUGAGACACCAUGUGAGUAUUGGGAAUUUGAACUCAGGACCCUUGGCAGAGCAGCAAGUGCUCUUAACUGCUGAGCCUUCUCUCCAGCCCAGCAAAUCUUAAUGGAAUACAAGAGCAUCUUCUUCAAAGGGGCUGGAGAAACGACUCAAGAGUAAGAGCACUUGCUGCUCUUGCAGAGGACCCAAGUUUGGAUCCCAACACCCAUAUCCAGCAGCUCAAAACUCCACUUCCAGGGAAUUCCAACACUCUGGCCGCUGUGAACACACACAUAAAUAAAAAUUAAAUUGUCUUUAUACAGAUGGAGUCCUGUUAUCUUUUUGUCUUUGCUGGUAACAUUGUAUAGUAAGUAUUAUGUAUUCCUGUAAUUUUGUUGCUAUGUUAUAUGAAUACAGUAAAAUUUGUUCAUUAUCUGAUGGAAGCAUUUGAGGUGCCAAUUCAUGAACAUUAUUAAGCCAUGGAUAUUCUUAUAUACACAUACCAUUUUGAAACAGGGUUUCAAAAUGUAGCUUACUAUGUAGCGCUGGUUGUCAAAUUCAAGUUUUCAGAGCAGGCUGGCCUCAACCUGUCUGCUUCCUGUGCACCGCCACACCUGGCUGUUCUGUACUUGUCUUUUGAAGCUUACGUGUAUACCUCACAAAUAGAA